AUGCCCCCUCAGAUACAAGACGAGGGUCAUGAUAACCGCCCAUACAAUGGCCAUAGCCAUGGGCAAGGGCGUGGGCAUAUUCAAGGCCGUGGACCAACAACCAGCACAGUUUCCAAUGUGAAAUAUCUCCUAGUUGAGAAAUUUCACCUCGCAAAACAAUGGUAUUUUGCCCAAUCCGUGGCGAUUAGGAUCUUGAUCGCGGUGGGAUUUGUGAUGCUUGGUGUCAUGGGGAUCUUAUUCCUCAUAUUCCACGCCUAUCUUAUCCAUCUACUCAUACUAUUCUCCGACAAGUUGCGAGAUUCGCGAUAUGGAAGUCUUGUCUUGUUCACACUCAUAUUCGUCAUUAGUUUCCCGCCCAUGAUUGGGUUCACGGCAUUGAGUCUCUUGACGGGGAUGGUUUACGGAUUCCCCUAUGGAUGGCCAUUAUUGGCAAUUGCUUGCGUGCUGGGGUCGACAGCCUCGUUUAUCGUUUUCCGAUAUUUGCUACGGAAUCAGGCCAUGCGGUUUAUCAAUCACAAUGAGAUAUUCCAAGCGUUUGCUGAGAUCUUGAGUGAUGAUAGCUCGCUUGUUCUACUCAUUUUGAUCAGAUUAUGCCCUACCCCCUACUCGUUAUCAAACGGAGCAUUGGCUGGUAUACCCGAGUUGCCCCUCUUGACUUAUUUCCUCGCUACAGUCAUCACCUCUCCUAAACUAUUGAUCCAUUUGUACAUCGGAAGCAAACUACAAGAGAUUGGACAGGGAGAGAGCUCGAAUAUGACAAAAGUAGUCGAUGUCAUCAGCAUUAUCGUUACAGGCUCGGCCGCGUCUUUGGCCACCUACUUGAUCUACGCUAGAAUGCAGGCUAAGUUGGCUAGUUUCCGUCAAAGAGGCAUGGUCACGGAUGAUGUGUUGGUGUUUGGCAACUUUGAAGAUGAGUUGGAGAUGGAGAGUCAUAACGAGAUUGAUAUCAAUUCUGCCGACUUUGACACGGAUAAUUUUAUGAUCGAAGACGACGACGAUGAUGUCAGCACGAGGAACGAAAGCGCACCAGACUCGCGAGAUGAAGUGGACGUGGCAAAGGAUUUGGUGUAG